AGUCCACGCCACAUCCUCUUGUCCUCUCCUCGCUCUAAAAAUCCUACCUAAAACCAAGGCUUCUUCUCGUCCCUUCAAAACCACUCCACAAAAAAUUAACAUCUUAUCCCCCCCCACUCAAUUUAUCAUUUAAAAAAUUAACAUAACCAACUCAAGAUAACCUCCAAAAUUAAAAAUCCCCGCUACUGCAAAUAACGUCACAUUUCUCACCCAAGAAAUAUCCAAGGCUCCUCUCUGUCCCCUUAAGUGCAUCACCACCUUAAAAAAAGCUACUUUCUCUGCUAACAAAAGACCAAAAAUUCAGCGUCCCACAAACUGAGAGCUGAAUCGAGUGAAAGUCAUCACUUUCAUCACUCCACUACUUCCUUCAUCUCAUCUCAUCUCUAAUCACGCACUAAUGAAGAGACCCCAACUUUCUUCAACUAUUUGUUUGCAUAAUGAAUAAAAAAAUAAUAUGAAAAAAAGUGAAUCAACUCUACGCCAACUUUUAAAUGACAAAGUUUCCCCGUGAAGAAGAAGAAGAAAGAAAACAAAGAAAAGAGUCUAUAACUGGAUUUCCAUAAUCGCAUCCUCCUCUCUCAACCAUUACGAAUUACUUGAGCACAAAAUUAACGAUUUACUUACUUACUUACGUAAUAUAUCACUAAUCCAAUCCAAUUCUUCAAGAAGCUUCCCAUCCAUCCAUCCAUCCAUUUUUCCACCAGCACUUAUCGAUCACUCCUCAAUAAUACGCACGGCAGUAAUUCAAUUACCGAUAAGUCUAAAAUGCCUCAAUUCUGACACCCAGUUUGAAGGAAAAGUGAAACAUUUCCGUAACCACUUUCAUCAUCCAUAAAGCUCAAUCCAUAUCCAAUCAGAUAAGUAAUAAGUAACUCAAACAACACUACACAACUUUCCUCUUAAACGUAUCUUGCUUGCGUGGCUGGCGACUAAUGAAAGCCAAUAAUGUCGUGUCGUGUAGGAUGAACUAUUUUCAAAUUCUGACACAAACAGACAGCUUUAAAAUUUUACAUGAAUGAAACCUACCAAUAAUUUGAGACACACGGGUUCGGUUUUGUGUCAACGAGUGAACAACUAACUACACACACAUCGAACUGACGCAUCAAAGAGUUUUGUGGUUUGGUUUGCUUUAUUUUCCGGGGUGCCCCCUUUGGAAACAUUGCGAUGUGAAGUUUACUUACGGAAGUACAGAACUGGUUGCUUAAUUAAACAAACAAAUAACUUUGAACAGCAAGUCCCCAUCGAGCCGAGUGAGGAAAGAUAAGCUACUUGAAAAGGGGAACGAACCAACGUCACAGGAACAAGGAUUUCGUCACCAUGAAUCGUCUCACUUUUACCACGCUGCUCAUAAACUUUGCACUCGGGUUAAAACUGGAGAAUGUGACGGUCCCAAAAUAUGGGUCUCUCCACGGGUGGGUCAAGCUUUACUGUGAUUUCGUCAUGGAUGCCGAUGAGCCUCUCCUCGUUCUCAAAUGGUAUAAAGAUGGCCACGAGUUUUUUCGAUACUCGCCGAACAUCCAGCCCAACAUCCUGGACUUUCCAACGGCCGGCGUCCACGUCAAUGUUUCCCAAUCAGGAUUGAAUCACGUCAUGCUACGAAAUAUCUCUUUGCAAUCGGGUGGCAGCUACAAAUGCGAAGUUUCCGCAGACCGUCCUUCUUUCCGAACGUUACAAGGGACCGGGGACAUGAUUGUGAUUGCCCCUCCCGCAGCUGACCCGGAGAUUACUGGAAUCCAUCCAGCCGUCAGCGUGGGCGAGACUAUCAACGCCAACUGCACCUCCUUCCACAGCCAACCCGCCGCAUCCCUCAUGUUUUAUAUCAACGAAGAAAAGGCGGAGGCUGGCGAGAUUCGCGAAUUCGUCCCAAUUUCUGAGCCCAACGGGUUGGAGACGUCCAUCCUGGGGCUGCACUUCCUCGUGGAACCUCGCCACUUUAAACAUGGCAGUUUGGAGCUAAAAUGUACCGCAACAAUUGGAAAUAGUUACCGACUUAAGAGAAUCAACAUUUCAGAAGCGAAAUUUCCAAAUGCACAGCCUUCAAUUCCAAAUAAUAGACCGCUUCUUUCUGGUGCAACCCCCAUCAAAUUCUACUCCUCCUGUACUCUGAAAACUACUCUUUUAACACUUGCAAUCACGACAUUAUUCCGAUAUUCGCAUUAACACUAAAAGUGCAAAUUACAUGUGUACCCCAAGUUUCCAACUGGAAUACAAACAACUUUUUACGUGUCACGUGUUUAGUGAAAGUUUGCAAAUGUUUACUAAUAAAAAAAACAGUAUGUGCAAAUGAGGCUCAAUAAACGCCCCAUCACGCUCAUUCAUGAAACACUGCAAACUUUUGGCGUAUUAAUAUCCAUCCUCCCGAGAAGAAUACGUAUCUGACGCCAUCAAAAAUUUGCACAAAUCUUCCCACUCAAAAGCGGACUUAAGUGUUAUGACAAACAUUACGUUAAGAACUUCAUAAACACGACACAUUACACACUUUUGGCAUCAUUUCCUCGUCAUCUCGUCCUCUUUUGCAAGUUACAGUUCCAACAUGUGCAAAAAAACUUGACCCGUUUUCUCUCCCUCAAGAAAUAUCUAACUUCUUGUAAUGAAUUCAGCACCAUUUCAACUGCCUGCUGAAAUCUCUCCCAACUUUAAAAAAGAAAGAAAGAAAGUCAAACUCACCAACAAAAUUUGCAACGAGGAAAAAGAAAGCCAGCCAACUUUCUCUUACGUGAAGAGAGGAGAGACAGAUAGAAAAAAUAAUAAAGAUAAAUUUCCGCCGUGCAAAGGAUUUCCAGGAAUGAAUUCUCAGCUCAUUUUAAAAGGAUUUUCUAGUCUUAAAUUGGCUCAAGUGGGCUGAAGGUGAACAUGACUGACGGAAAAGUGGUGAAAUAUUGCCUCCAAACGCGAAACUAAAUAAUAUUUCUCUUCUCCACUUUCUCCCUCCGGUGCAGUGGCCGCGGAAGCCGGGGGGACGUUAACAUUGUAGGAUAGGGGAGGGAAGGGAGGGGUUUAUAUAAGAUGGGGACAUUUUCCGCACCCUUCCGCGGCCACUUUCUCCAGUGAUAGUCGUGGUGGUGGUGCUCUGUCGGAUCGUCAUCUUGCCAAAGAAAUGCAUAAUAAAUGCGAUGAGAGAGAGACACACAAAAUCUGGAGAAAAUUCUUCGGAGCAGUAAAAAAAUGUUCGGAGAUUCAAUUUAUUCAAUAUUUUCUCCCUUCUUAUUGAGAAAUGACGGAUGUGAAUGUGGGUUUUUUUAGGUUCAAAUCGGACGUGAAAUGCGAAAUUGUGUUUUGACUGGAGUGGGCACAGGAACGGAUGGAAGUGCAGUGGCCGCGGAAGUGUACGGACAAUGUCCCCACGGUUGUUCGAGGUCCCCAUCAUCUUAUACAAACCCCUCCCUCCCCCAUCCUACAAUGGAAAUGUCCCCAGAUGUCCCCCCGGCUUCCGCGGCCACUGGUGGCAAACACACAUUUUUUUGUACUUAUUUAGUGUAGUGUUACAUCCAUCCAUGAAAUAUUGGAUUGUUCUUAUAAAUCUCGAAGAUAAAGGAGAUUUUUCCGUGUGUUAGUUAUGUAAGGAUUUCAACCUGAAUAUUUUAUCUUUAUGUAUGUCUACCAAACUUUGGCAUGUAAGUAUUCGAUGUUACGUAAUAUCCGAAAUAAAUACACUUAUAUAAUUUUCA